AUGCAGGCCUUAAAUCACAGCACUACUACAUUUCUUCUCAUGGGCCUCCCAGGCCUAGAGAAAAUGUACAUCUGGCUCUCUAUCCCAUUGUGUGCCAUGUAUAUGGUGGCCGUGGCUGGAAACAGCUUGAUUCUGUGGGUGGUAAAGUCAGAAACAGUUCUUCACCAGCCAAUGUACUACUUCCUGUCCAUGUUGGCUAUGACUGACCUGGGGCUUUCUUUUUCCACACUGCCCACCAUGCUAACCACCUACCUGCUGGGCCAACAGGAGGUGAAGAUGAAUGCAUGCUUAGCCCAGCUCUUUUUCAUCCACACUUUUUCUGUCAUGGAAUCCUCUGUGCUUCUCUCCAUGGCUUUUGACCGCUUUGUGGCCAUUUGUAAUCCAUUGCGCUAUACAACCAUCCUGCCCAGCCCCCGAGUUGCUGGCCUGGGCUUUGCAAUUGUAGUCCGUAGUGUUGGACUACACCUCCCUGCCCCCAUCAUGCUGAAAAAACUUCCCUACUGUCAUAUUGGUCAACUCUCCCAUUCCUAUUGCCUGCAUCCAGAUGUCAUGAAACUUGCUUGUGUAGAUACUCAUGUCAACAGUGCUUAUGGGCUCUUUGUGGUACUCUUUACUCUUGGCAUGGACUCUAUGUUUAUUGUGGCUUCCUAUGUGCUGAUCCUCCAUGCUGUCCUUACCAUUGCUUCCAAGGCGGAGAGACUUAAGGCCCUUAAUACGUGUGUCUCACAUAUCUGUGCAGUGCUGCUCUUCUAUACACCCAUGAUAGGCCUGUCCAUGAUCCACCGUUUUGGGAAGCAGGCUUCACCUUUUAUCCGGGUACUCCUCUCCUACCUGCAUUUUCUCAUGCCACCUAUGCUCAAUCCCAUUGUCUAUACUAUCAAGACCAAGCAGAUACGUCAGAAGAUUUUCCACUUUUUCCAGUCUCAUGGAGCCAGAAUGAGGGUUGGGUAA